AUGGAUAAUAUUUCCUCACAGCCUGAGCCCAAUGCUUCCUGCACAGAUGUGGGUGUUGGUUGUUACAGGACUGGGCACCAUUGGCAUAAUAUGUCAGCCCCACUACUGAUUCCUAAAUUCUACAUUGCUGUGCCCAUCAUAUACUCUGUGAUAUGUGCUGUAGGACUCACUGGAAAUUCUGCAGUUAUUUAUGUUAUCUUAAAAGCUCCCAAAAUGAAGACAGUCACCAACAUUUUCAUCCUCAAUCUGGCAAUUGCUGAUGAGCUUUUUACGCUGGUGCUUCCUAUCAAUAUAGCUGACUAUCUGUUGCUUCAAUGGCCAUUUGGUGAAUUCAUGUGCAAAUUGAUUAUCUCCAUAGACCAGUACAACACUUUUUCAAGCAUUUAUUUUCUAACUGUCAUGAGCAUCGAUCGAUUCCUUGUGGUGGUGGCCACAGUCAAAUCAAAGAAAAUGUCCUACCGCACCUACAGGGCUGCUAAGACAGUGAGUCUAUGUGUAUGGGCUUUUGUCACCAUCAUCAUUUUGCCAUUUAGUAUCUUUGCCAAGAUACAUACUGAGGCGGGGCGGUCCCAGUGUGUCUUUGUCUUUCCCAAUCCAGAGAGCUUCUGGUGGAAGGUGAGCCGUCUCUACACCCUGAUCUUGGGUUUUGCCAUCCCUGUGUCCACUAUUUGCAUCCUAUACAGCAUCAUGCUCUACAAACUCAGGCGGAUGCGUCUCCACAGCAGUGCUAAAGCUUUGGACAAAGCAAAAAAGAAAGUGACCAUCAUGGUGCUGAUCAUCUUGGGAGUUUGCCUGUUCUGCUGGACACCCUAUCACCUCAGCACUGUGGUUGCCCUCACCACAGACAUCCCCCAAACCCCUCUGAUAAUUGGAAUCUCUUAUUUCAUCACCACACUGAGCUAUGCUAACAGUUGCCUCAACCCUUUCCUUUAUGCCUUUUUAGAUGAUGCUUUCCGGAAGAGCUUCCGGAAACUGAUCGAGUGUGGAACUUCCUCAUAA